AUGCUACAGUACCUUGUACUUACCCUUCUUCUACUGUCUACAGUAACCUCACAACGCUACAACUACUACAGUUAUGGACCUCAACGCUACACCAACUACGUACAACCACAGCCUGUUUACAGUAGACCAUCAGUAGCAACACAGUAUCGUUCUUACUAUCAACCUACUAGCUAUUACAGUAACCCAAGCUACAACAACUACUAUAACCGACAAUCAUAUCCUAGCUACAACAGUGGGUAUGGUAACUCUGGAUACGGUAGCCAAGGGGCUUACGGUUCAACGUACGGUAGUCAAAACACUGGGUAUGGAAGCUACGGUAGCUCAUAUGGAGGAUACGGUAGCUCAGACGGGAGUUCUUAUCCAGGCUACAGUAGCUCUGGCUACGGUAGCAGCUACAACCCAUACUAUGUGUCAAGGAACAAUGCUUAUGAAAAUAACAUCAACUUCUGGAGGACUAGUCAAAUUGCACCAUUAACGCCAAAAAGCGGCAUCAAUUUGGGCGGUGUUUGGCUAUUGUGCUCCAGCUGUACUAGAGGAUAG